AUGAACUCUGUGGACACUCUGACAUGUCUGGCAUUUUCGCCCGACGGCCAGAAAAUUGCCAGCAGCACUGCUCAUUCGGGGGUGACCAUCACAGACAUCGCAUUGAAGAGCAAAUGUCAACUAGACGAUGCACAUGCGCGCACCAUUACUGCAAUAGCAUGGUCUCCUGACAGCGAAAAUAUCAUGGGCACAUCAAUAGAUCACAAAAUUCACUGUUGGAAUGCUACGUCGUUGCACCCUCUCGGACUACCCCUUGCAGGGCAUAAAGACCUGAUCAUCACUGCGGAAUUUCUCUCUGUCUCAUCUCAAGCAAUAAGCUUGUCAAGGGAUGGAGAGCUACUCAUAUGGAACACCGGGAACGGGAAGAUCACUCAGACAGAAACAGUGUCGAAUUCUAAUGGUACCAUUUUCAUAGGGGCUUUAUCCAUGGAUGGUACUCUUCUUGUCACUACCGAUGGAAGGAAGGGUGUUGCUUGGGAGAUCCCUACGUGUAUGAAAAUAGCAGAGAUUGAACUUCCAGAUACACCAUCACUUCAAACUGCUAUUUUCCCGCACAAUGAUCAGUCAAGUAGUGCUUGCAUUUGGCGACGGGUCUUUCUGUAUGUGGGACGCAUACACUGGGAAACGUGA